GAGAGCCGGAGGGCGGGGUCAGGAGAUGAUCUGGGAUUGAGAGCGGCGACUGUAAUCGAUAAGGCGGCGGAGGCGGCGGCAGCGGGCAUGAGAGCGGCCAGCGAGCAUGUCCGGGGGAGAGAGAGACGGCGAGGUGGAAGAAGCAGGCCAGGUUUUCCUACUCAUGAAGAAGGAAUAUCGGAUUUCCCGCAAUGUGAGAUUAGCUUGGUUUCUCAGCAAGCUCAAUCAAAGCAUUCGACCGAUGUCAGAGUCCGAGCUUCGCAAAUCCAAGAAUGAACUAGAUAUUCUCAGUGUCCUCCCAAAGGGCUGGCAGCCAGAUGAACCAGUUGUUGCUCAUACCUACCAGCUGGUACCAUCGACCCACAUUACCUUCCUUGCUCAGCGCUACCGCUUUGUUAUGGAAUUGGAUCUCAGUCCAUCUACAGGGAUUGUGGACGAUUCUACUGGGGAGCUGAUUUUUGAUGAAGUGUUUCAUGCACUCUCAAAGUGUUUAAUGGAAUUGUUGCGGCCAUUUAAUGUCCCGGGUACGGAUAUCGUUUUUCAACCAGAGAUCUACAUAACCAUUCUUGCUUAUUCUUCCAUCAUAGGACUUCAAUCUCACCAGGUUCUAGUUCAAGGCUGUUUAUUGGAUCGAAACAAUUUGGAUACUUUCCAUCAGAAUAUCUAUCAGCAGUUACGAGCGUUUGAAAACAAUGUAGCUGAGGUUCUUCAGCAGCACUACAAGCCCAAACCACAGUCUGAUAGGCCCAUUUUAUCCCAAGGGGAUACUACUGACUUUUAUGAUCAGUCUUCACGGAAGAUGACUUUUUCCAUGGUAACACCAGAUAUGGGACUCGUCAACAUGAUCCGCAAUGGCAUCCUAGCACUUCAAUUACUGCCAUCCAACUCCAGCGCAGGUAUAAUAAUCAUCACUGAUGGUGUCACAAGUGUACCAGAUAUUGCAGUGUGUGAAACAUUAUUAAACCAACUACGCUGCGGCACAAUUGCCUGUUCCUUUAUACAGGUUGGAGGUGUGUACUCAUAUGACUGCAGCUUUGGUUAUGUGCCAAACCUGGAGCUGAUGAAGUUCAUUGCCAUGGCAACAUUUGGAUCCUACAUGUCCACGUGCCCAGAAAGUAGCCUCAAUAUGAAUGCAUACCACAAAGCUUUUCUACUGUACAGCUUCUUGAGACCUGGAGAAUCUAUGAACCCAGAGUAUUACUGUGUGUCCCAGCACAAACUGUUCAAUGAGCACCUGGUGUCUGCCAGCAGUAAUCCUGCGUUGGCCAUGAGGCGGAAGAAGCAUGCUGAAAAUGAGGUGCAUGCAGACCUUACCAGUGUCGUUUCUGUACGGUUGCGUGAGGGCUACACGGUGAAGGAACUUAAUAUCACUAAAGGUGGAACACAGUUGGAAGUGAAGCUGAUGCUGCUAUGGAAACACAACAUGAGAAUUGAAUAUCUUGUGGUAGCCUCGUGGCCCCUGGAUGCGGCAAAACGCUUGACCUGGGUGGAGGUAACAAUGGAGGGUAGCUAUGAUAUGCUCCAUGAUAUUAGUUGUACUAUGAGGAAACCAAUAACCAGCCCAUAUCGCACCACUGUUAUUCGGCGGUUCUGGACCACUCUGCAGAGUAUUAAUCAGACAGAUCAGAUGCUGGUUCAUCUCAAAUCUUUCAACACUAUUCCUGAACAUUACACCAUCCCGGAGAGCACCAAGAACGGGGUUCCAUUGUUCUACAUCCCUCCAGGAUCUACCACACCGGUGCUGUCACUGCAGCAUAGUGGCUCUAAGGACUCCAGCCAAUCCCAGUUUGCAUCUUACUGGAAGCCUAUCUUAUCUAUGGAUGCCAGCUUCUGCCAGCGGUGGCUUCACAUGCAUCGCAUUGGCAUACUACUGGAACACGAUAUCCCAGUGCCAAAACAUAUCCAUACACCAGGAAGUAAUGGCCGCUACAGUACCAUCCAGUGUCGCAUCUCUCUCUCUGCACUAACUUCCCUCCUACGGGAUUGGAGCAGUUUUGUGUUGGUAGAAGGAUACUCCUAUGUUAAGCUUCAUUAUAAUGGAAUGGAUCAGCCGCCUGCUUCUUUUUACCUUGUCCGAGUUAUUUCCAAAGCUCCAUGCAUGGUCCUUCGUCUGGGAUUUCCUAUUGGAAUGCAAGCACAAGCUCGGAAUAAGAUUGUCGAUGAACUGCGAGAUCAGAUACUCUCACUCCGUUUUCCCCAGCGGGUGCAGAGCAAAGAAGGAACGCCAAAAGUCAAGAGGAAACAUCAAGAGAAUGCCUCUCCUUCAAAGUCUCCCCCACUUCCUGCCACACAACUGGCACUCUCUGAUCGACCUUGUGUUGUGAUACUGAAAAAACCAUUGGAAAAGCUCCUCAUCAGGUAUGAGAAGCUCCCAUCAGACUAUCGAACUCCCUUUAUCUUGAACUUGGACAAUUGUGGACACCCAGCAUCUAUGUCGGGAGCUACGACAUUGACAACCGCUCGCACAGCUUCCUCCACACUUGCUUCCCUGUCUCGUUAUUUCUAUCAUCAGCGUUGGGUGUGGUCUGUGCAGCCAGGCUUGGGGCCAUCAGUGCCCAUCACUUCAGCGGCGCAGAUACUUUCUACUCUUACUGAGAUUCGCCUGUCUGAAGGGUUCCGCUUUGCUGCCACUGGAGAUGGCAUUGUCACCAUGGUGAUGGAGUUACCUAUGAAGGGCAAUUCUAGAUGUGAUGAUGACGAGAAUGAUGAACUCCACACAUGCCUAGUACAGUACAUUAUCUUUCCACCUCACUCCACAUCUACCAAAGACAGUUUUUCCACAGAUGACGAUAAUGACACGGAAGUUGAGGCAAUUGAACUUGACACAGAGUUAAAUUUGGUGACUGAAUGCUGGGUGGAGCCUCAGAGUGGUCAUGUGGUCACCUCUGCUGACGGCCAAAAGUACUUGAAUGGAUUGUCCUAUUUAGACAUCCCAAAAGCAAUUUACCCAGAGGACCAUGCAUGUGUAUCUUCCAUGUUGACCUUCGAACAUCUAAGUCAACUUUGUCAGAAUAAGGACCACAUCCUGCCAAUAUGGGGGUCAAGGAGCUCAGAAGCAGGCAAUUAUGAAGGAGAAAAUGAUUUCAUCCGAGCUGUACCAUUCCAGUUUGAUCUAAUGAAGAUUUUAACAAAGUGUCAGCAAAUAGAACUAUUUUUCCACAUGUUGACUAAAGCAGAGGAUGAUGGGAGUACAAAGGACACUACCCCUUUACCCAAUGAGAUCCUGUUAAAUCUUUUCCAUAGCUGUUUGCAACAGGAUCUUGGAGAUCGGGAGUUGCCGUUGGCUGAUUCUGACCACAUGACUUUUAUGCAGCAAAUUGUGCAGCGAGAUCGGAAUGGUCAUUCCAUUCCUUUUCAUCUACCAACAGUUAAAGAUGAGCCACUGAAAGUGACCAAGAAGUUAGAGAGACAAGAUGCCAUGAUGUCACUGCACACCCUUGGAAUUAACAAAGAGGUCCUGGGUUCAACCAGCACCUUACAGAGUGUUGGCAAUGCUGAUAUGACAGAGGACAACAUACUCCCAGUUGAACCUGAAAGUACACCGCAAUGGAGAUGCUAUGCCAAAUCUGUGAAUGCACAGCAAAUCCUGCUCACCUUUUUGCCAGCCACCUUUACAGAUGUGCAACGACUGAUGACUCCUGGGAUUGAUGAGAGUACAAAGCAUUCUGGAUUAGGAGAUGAAGAAAUGCUACAAGUGGAAGUGAAAGAAUCAGCAUUGAGUGAACAAUCUGGACCAUACAGUGCAGCCUCAGCAAUAAAGAAAUCUGAAUUGCCCAUCGUCAGAGAAACACUUGAUGGCGCAGCUAGCCAAGUAGCAGUCAGUGUAUCAAAGAAUAAUGGCACCAAAAGAGAUUUUGUGUCAACAUUGCAUUCCCCCGGACAGGAAACUCAUUCUGCUAGGUCCACACCACUCCUUUCUCCAACCUUGGCAAGUGGUAAUGAAAUGUCACCUGUUGAAUCUGAAAAGGACAUAAUACAACCUGAUACAGACUUCAUUUAUGUGCCUUCAGAAAUGAUAAAGGAAAGAGUGGAGUUCAGUUUACCUCUAAAGAAAGACUAUCACAUCACGUUCAGCCGUCAGACUUCUCAGACUGACUUGUGUGAUCCGAACCGCCUUCGAUGCCCUGUCUACAUAUACAGCUGCUCACUGGAAUCAUUGAGAGAGCAACUUGUGAAUUCUUGUGUUGAACGCUCUAACAAGGAUAUUUAUUUCAGAUCUCAAGACAGUGUUUCCUGGGAACUGUAUCAGGAUUUGAAAAACAGAUCGUUGUCACAGGAGCGGCCAGCAAACUCAUCCUCGACGGAUCCAAUAUCCUAUCUCCACAAGAACAAGGAGCUUUCCAACUACUGCAACUUACUACAAGAGCAUUAUCACCAAUGUUAUGUAAAAGGUGUAUUUAGGAGUUUACAGCAAUCUUAUUACAUCAGCUCUCAGGACCUCCUUACAGCUAUGGACUACUGUGAGGAAUUGUUACAGGAAAUCGAUAUCACCACUUUUCUGCAGACACUUUGUGGACACAUCCGAUUGUUCCGUGAAAGUCAUGACUUGCAGCUUUGGAGUGAUCAAGAAUCUAACCCUACAACAUUUGUGAUUGGAGGAGUAGAACAUGAGGAUGAGAGGCUGCAGAGGAGUGUUCUUGCAUCUACUUCAAGUAUAGAGACUGAAGACCUCAGUGAGCAAGAUUUAAAGAGCGUCCAGUCCAGUGUUGCCUCUCCAGUGACGCAUGAGGAACCAAAAGCAAAGAAGAUUUAUCCGGAAUUUUCCCUAUCCCUUCUUCAGUCCAGCCAACAGUGUGAGGUCUACCCCAACUUGCACAAAAUCAUUCAGGAAAAAUUCCUUGAGAUUGGGCGACAACAUUUCAAGACAGUGCCUUCAAACCCUUAUUACUUCUUUUACUGCCCUCCCUCAGCUAAGAAAGAGGAAGAAACUUAUCAAGAUGAAAGGGAACGAAAACAGAGUGAAGAAAAUGAUCUGUCCGAGUUGGAGAAUGCAGGGGAGGAGGGUAAUACAUCUGGUUGUGGUAUAGUGACAGAGAGUGAUCCAGAUCUGGAGGUGGAAUAUCGGGAAAGAUCUGACAAGGAGUUACAGGAUGUAGACUCGCUCUCAGAUACCAAUACUGUGAACAGGGAUGAUGAUUCCUUCAGUGUUCUUGGGGGAGAUUCUUUAAAUGAACAAGACUUUUCUGAUCAGGAAAUGCCACCAUUAUUUGUUCACCUCACUUGCUCAGUUGGCGGGAAGAAGUGCCAUGGACCAUUCUCGGUUGAAUCCAUACCGGUGGAGUCGUUGCCCACUUGCCUUGGUGAAAUUAUCAGCUGCCUGGAGAACUUGCCAGUCAAAUCGAUUGACCUAAAUGAUCUAGUUGUCACCUUGGACAUUUUUGUGCUGACUCUUCCUUUAGAAGUUGAGAUUAUGCCUACCCAUGUAAACCACCACAGGUACACAUCUGAAAGCAGCAGCUCUAUGAACCGAUCACCAGGACAGCCAUCAUCAUAUCGAUCUGAUGAUGAAAUAAUGCAAAACAUGGAUCGACUUGCUUCUACCACAGAUGAGAGGAUUGCAGAGGCUUUGUGUGAUCCACUGUCCAAGCUGCCCACAUUGCACAAACAAGCUGUUCUCGCUACAAUGAAUGAGAUCCAUUGGCUCCUGGAAGAUGAGAUUGUUUCAGCUCUGCGCCAUUCAACAAAUAUUACUUUAGCUACCCUACAGAAAGUGUCUGAUCAUGUGUUAAAUUCAAAGGGCAGGCCACGAUGCCACAGCGAAGUUGUUCCUUUGAAGUUUGUCUUUGGUCCGGAGCAAUCACUGGAGAAAUUUAAAGAGGAGUUUAAACGCAUGAAUCUUCCAGGGUACCACCUCAAUGAGGAGGCAAACAAUUUCUACUAUCUGUCUGUGAGUCGCUUGCAUGCACAAAGAAUAGAAGCAGCGCAGAAACUUUCCACAGAACUCUCUCAGCAUAGCCUGGAAAGUGGGUGUGCGGCAGUGGCAUGCGAUGAGAGUGCAGAUGCAGAGGUAGCUCUGAUCUGCCAUCAGCGGCAGGAACACUGGAGUAAACAAAUGGAAAUGGUGACAGCAUCAUCAGUGAUUGAGGGAGAGAAAAAUGAAGAGAAGUCACAGAUCUCGCAAGAGUCAACAUCUGAGAGAAUGGGAAUAGCUGCAGUGACUAAUGGAGCAUAUUUUGCAUCAGCUGAAUUAGUUGAGGAGAGCAUGGAUGGGAAAAGCUGCCUCCCUAUCAGCCAGUCUGAUCAACAUGAUCGCGUAUUUACAGUGAUCAAGCCUGAGCGAUCCCUAACCAGCACACCCCUACUGCAUUCAAGCCCAGGAUCUGAGAAAGUACAAGUGGCAAAUCUGCCAUCACAGGCCUCUUCUGCUGUGAGUCUCGCCGAAUCUGUGCAGUCCAUUAUACCUGGCAGUACAGGCUGUUGCAAGCACAGACCAAGCCGAGUACAGAGUGUGGUCUCCAGUCAGGGAAGUCUAGAUUCUGAUCUAUUAGGUUAUGAUGGAGGUAGCAGUGAUUCGGAGUGCGAAGGUGCCACCAUGAAUGAACAGGAUCCCAAAUGCCCACUGAUGCCUGAGUUUUGGCUGAUCAUCAGAAUUCACCAUGAUCGAGUUGAAGUUUACUCUCACACACGAAACCUUAUUGGGAUAAAAGAGGAAUCUGCGGUUGAAGAAGAGGGAGAACUGGAAUAUUUGCGUCUCUAUAAAACAGCAAUUCAAAAAAUUGGCGAGAUUUGCCGUGUAGUCAACCAGCGCCUGCUACUUCAGGACCUGCAUGACAGUCAUGUGUGUAAUUCAUUGCUUGUCGCUGAGAGUGAAGAGGACAUCUGGAAGAAUGAAGCCCCCUACCCUUCAUAUCGUCCGCGAGCUACAGCUACUGAUGAUUAUUCAGCAGAUGAUAACUAUCAGUCAAGGGAUUACUUGGCUGCCACAAUGCAUUUUAUACCAGGAUAUUUUUCCUGUGAAGUGGUGUGGAAGACCAUCAUACAUAUCCAUCCUCGACUCAAGAUGGGACCCAACAUGGGUGUUGCAAGAGCUAUUCAGGCCCUGAGAUCUGUUUUAAAUGCUUUUUCGGUUGUGAACAGGAAAAACAUGUUUGUGUACCAAGAAAGGGCCACAAAGUCUGUAUUUUACCUCAGACUGUCUGAAACAACAUGCAGUGGAAAUACACCAGACUCGGAUAGGGAGGUUCAGCCCAUGCUGUCUUCCCGUUCACUGGCUUUAGCACGCAGUCAGGAACCCAUACUUGUGGAUGAGCUUGGGAGUUCCAGACCCUACGUAGAUUCUACACCCUCCCGAAGUGCAGAGUCAGCACGACCCGUUGGACAAGUAGAUAAGCACAUUCUGUUGAUGGUACAUGGUGUAGGGCAGGCAGGACCUGAAAUCACAGAUGAAUUGGUGAAGGUCCUUCGAAGGCGAUUGGACGAGGCAACACUUGAUAUUAUCACGGUCAUGCUGGUCAGAAACUGCAAGCUGACUCCUGCUGAUGUAGAGUUUAUACAGCCACCUGGCACACCACCGACUGAAGUGGUGCAGUUCACAAUCCCGCACUGCUAUCUACCUUGGCUGUACGCUGUUGCAUAUUACCUGCGUCAGAACCUGCUGAUUUUCCUACAUACUCCAAAAUACACAGACAGUAAUGUAGAACAUCACUUCCAGCACUACACUCAUGGAAAAAGUGUUUCCGACGCAGAUAUCUACCUCUACAAUAAACCUGGUGGCCAAGGGACUGGUGGGAAAGGUACCAUGGUGGAACUUGUGCAGCAUCUAUUUCCACCCUCCCAAUUCCAAGGCAUUGCCUGUAUCGCCUUAUCUGUUGUGGAUCAGCAUGGAAACUCCAUACCAACAGUGCAACAGCAAGAGCAAACUGACCCUUCCAAACUAUGCUUUUCAAUGGAUCUUAUUCAGGAGGCAGACUUCAACAAGCUGACCAGUGUAUCCAGAUAUGAGAGCAGCUCUAACGGAAAAACAUCGGACCCAAACACCCUUAUACGCUUUGAUAUCUGGGAACAGGGAAACAUCAGCCUAUUGCAACUUACUGACAAACUUCAGAAUGGUCUCCGUCAUGCUCUUUGUGAUGUUGUAAUGGAAUUUCGAAUGCUUCAGUGCCCACUCUGUGUGGAAUCCUACUGUCCAGUCAUGGCCACACCAGACAGUGAUACAAAUGGCCGAUUCAGCAGGUCAGGGUCAGAGAUUAAGGAAGCAACCAUCCUUUCUGGCAAUAAUAUUGGAAGUAAAAGCAGUCCUGUACCUGUGCAAGUUGUACCUGUUUCAAGCUCCACCUCAAGUAACUCAGAAUCCACCACUCCAACAAGCAAAACUGGUCGACGUAGUUUCUGGGAUAUGCUGAGUAAGACUGAUUUCUCUGACACUAGCACCCCCAAGACUACGGACGACAUUGUUUUGGAAAGAACUGACGACAGUCGCAUUCGUCGCAGACACAAAACAGAACAUUUGAAGCAGUCUUCAAGUCACGACCGAGCAUCGACAAUGGAACUAGAGCAAACACAGAGGCAGGCUGCUUCAAGAAGGAAACGGACUGGCCAGCUGGAGGAAGGAGACCUGGGAUCUCUACACCCGCUCUUCCAUGUCACAUGUCAGCAAUGGAUGGCAUUCAUGGGUAGACUGGGGUGUCCCUCCGUUCAGCAGUGUUCAGUUGAUAUUGGCUCCCGAUUUCUACUCAGCUCCAUUCUCACCGAGAUUGUGAAUUUGACCAGCAGUCUUGCCACUGACACCACUGUCAAAAUCUUUGAAAAAAUUAGUUCUCCACAUGGUUCCACUUUCCUGCCAUAUUCUCUCAGUCAACACUCGAGUACCCGUCCUGGUUCUGCUAGACAGUUCAUUCUAAUUGGGCGAAAUUUCCACCAGUGGCGUUACAGUACAGAACAAGCUCACAAGGGGUUUCAGAGGUUUGAGGCUGUGGAGUUCAGUACUGCUGAGAAAUCAAGCGACCCCUCAAGUCCAGGAAUUAGUGGGAAGGGUAUGGUCCCCCGGCAGCGAUUCCUCAUAAUUGACAUCAUUGAUAAGAAGUUAAUCUUGUACACCUAUAACUGGUCAGUGGAUCUGGGAGUUUCAUUGAAUCGAGGAUUGAUUCGUCUUAUUCAGUGGCAGAAUGCACGCUCUCACGUGGUACACUGCCUGCUCAGUCAAAAAAUGGGGCUCUUCCAUCACUACUGUUUUGCUGACACACCUGUAUAUGAUGACUCUAAACAGGAACCAAAUCCAUUCCUUCACUCUACAUUGGAAACUGAUGCACUGAUCAAGAGCCCAACCCCGCCACCAAGUAAGGAACAGGGGCGGCUGAGCUCUUCAAACCGAAGUCUUCCACCUCUUCACUUCUCGCCGGAGAUUGUUCCGUUUGAUGAGGCACUGCGUGACAUCACUGUGCCUAAAGCGAUGCGACAGUCGCACGAUGUGGGACUGUCUGACCCUGUCUCCCGUCACGGCACACAGUUCCUAGAAAUCAAAAACCUGGAGCGGAGAGAGAUGGAGAAACAGAUGAAAAUUGAAAAUCUAUUUGUGACAUGGCAGCAACGUUCUGCCCAGUCCAACAUGCCCAUUACACUUGGUGACCUGGAUACCCUGAAACAGUCUUCACGUCUGGUUCACUACUGUGCCACUCCACUGCUGUUUGACCCCAUCUUCAGGCAACAAAUCCAGGCAGAGCAGCAAGUUGGAUCUGAGGGAAAGAAGCGUCAUCGUUCUAAUGACUCAACUACAUCAGGAAGAGACCGGAGUCACAGCUGUGAUUCUGUGGAAACAAUGCCUUUUAAACUGAAGGAGGAGCAGUGGCUGGGUGAAAUCUCCAAUGCGUUCAUGCAGCAGUACAUCCAGUACCUACAGAGCAUGGGUUUUAUCCUAGUGCAGGUUCGCCCACCUUCUCCUACAAGAAGUUUGGGUCGGACACGGCCAUUGGACUCACGAUCUAUAUCUAUUCACAAGCAGAAAAGCGAUGACAGUCCAAAGAGCACAGAUGGCUCCGGUGUAAUGACCUACCAUCUUCAAAGGGCUCUGCCAGGUGGAAUUGUACUCAUGGAGCUUGCUUUCCAGGGCUGUUACUUCUGUGUGAAACAGUAUGCGCUUGAGUGUUCCCGAAUUCCAAUGGGACAGUCUGUCAAUUCUCAGCUGUCAAUGUUGUUCACAGAGGAGUGUGACAAGGUGCGGGACCUGAUGCACGUUCACUCCUUUAGUUACGAUUUUCACCUGCGCGUCAUUCAUCAGUAUCUAGUCGGCCGUCAGAUGACUCUGAGGCAGGGCUACCACUUGACUAGCUUCCUAGAAGAUUUUAUCAGUCACCAUCCAGAUAUUCCAAAAUAUGGAAGAAACCACAUCUUUGAAGGGACUAUAGCCCUCUCCACAAACAUGACAACAGCUCACCAACUGUAUAACUAUAUCACAGACCACGCCAGCACAUACGGAAUGAAACCGCUGCGCAUGUCGAGAACAGCAAUGAGUAUGGAUGGCAGAAAGGGGACCCAGAACACAGAAAUGCAUGAGUAUGCAUUAGUGGCUCUUUGGAAUAGAUCUGGAUCAUAUAAAGAUUCUGAAGGAAUCAGACACCAUGAUGAGUUUGACGUGUCCUUGUUGGUGUGUCAUAGUGCAGGCCCUUUUGAAGAACAACCAGAAACAGAACGCAACAUGCUACGAUUGCGUUUCUAUGUGAUCAUGACGAGCUGCAGGGAGCUCUUCCCAAGACUAACUGCUGAUAUGAGACGCUUUAAGAAAUUACCGCAAACUCGUAGGGACUCUUUGGACUUUGCUAGAGAUUCCUCAUUGUCAGAAAAAUAUGAACCCGAAAGAAGAGAGACUGACCCAGAUGGGUGGGAUGAGACAAAUGAUUCCCGUGAGUUUUACUCACAUAGGAAACCAGUGAAGAUGGCGCCAGAGCUAUUCUACUCCUCUCCACUCUUCCCUUUGCUGGCUUCAGAGGUAGCAACAGCCCAAGAACAAAUUGCAAUGAUGGUUCAACAAGCAAAGUCCCACUGUCGUCGUGAUGUUCUCUGGCAGCGCCUUUUCCUGGGAGAGCAUCUGUCUUCAGACAAACACAAAAUGAGCAAGCUGUCCUUUGCUGAGCUGGAAGAGUUACUUGGUGCUGUGCAUAGCAAAUCCAUUUCUGAAAUUGACCCACAACUGGAUUGCUUCCUGUCAAUGAGUACCAGCUGGUAUCAGAGCCUGAUCAAGGUUUUACUCAACCGAUUCUGCCAGAGUUGCCGUCACUUUGUAGAUGCAGAUAGAGGAAUCCAAUACCUGGCGGUGUUGAAUCAGAAGUUUAUCGACUGUUUUGUUCUCAUCUUUCUUGAUUCACAGUCUGCAAAGACGAAUCUAAAAGUUGUAUUCCGAGAGCCACUUCCUGCACAGCCACAGAACAGUGACAGUCCACUACCUCAGCUUGUCUCCAUGUACUAUCAUCUGGAGUCUGUCAUCAACACCGCAUGCUUCAACCUGUGGACUGGCAUGCUACAGUAACAGACAUCAAGCCCACCUGCAUUGACUUUUGGACUAAUCUGCUUUAUUGCAUUGGCUUAUGUAUUCACAUUUGUUACUUUUCAGUUGCUCAAGGCAAGAAACUGUGGUGUAGUAUAUUCCGCACAGAGAGAGAAGUAUUGAUUUUAAUAUGAUUCAAUCUUCUUAUCCCUGUACGUUCACUUGUUUUGAAUGCAGAAGCUGUUGGGGCAUGCUUCAACAGACCUGUAGGCGCCUUGCAAAAGUCAGACAGUCCAACUUUAUUAGAUGUUUGCAUUUAUUAAUUUAUUUUUAUUUACUGAAUUUAUAGCUUAUUGUGCUACUUUAAUAUAUGUCAUCACAUUUUUCUUCAAACCCUCUUCUUCCUUUUCCCUCGUCACCUGAUUGUUUCACUCUGCAGUAUGCCAAUUCAGGAAGGUGGAACAACUGUCUACGGUUUGAACUGAAAAUAUUGCUUAUCCUGUAGUAAGACAGACCUUUAGCUAUGGGGCAAGGUACAUGAAAAGUCUUUCCUUCCCUUCUUUUCCUCCCUCCUUGAUCAAAGUGAUGAACUGACAAAACUCAUCACAAUGUUAUGGAUAGAUUAAGCAACUAGGCCCAGUGGGAAUGAGAAUCGGUGACUGUCUGGCUGAACAGCAAGUUCCCUGGGCUUUUGAAUCUGAACCUUUUAAAGAUUUUAUUUCAUUAGGGUGUCUACAUUAUCACAAACUUACAUGCACUGGAAAACAAUUGAAAAUAAUUUUCUGUUAGAUUUACAGGUAUCAUAGUCUUUUUAAAAUGCAGGCAUAUUUUCAGCUUUUAAAAAAAAUAUGGAACAAAAUCCUCAUUUCUGCAUUACACUCAUUUUGUGUGUUCCUGCACCAGUGGCACUAUUUCCAUACAUGGCCUGGUAGAUGUGUUGCUUUGAGCAUGGCUUCCUGACCACUCCUACAUUGAAAUAAAGGUGACGCCGCACUUAUGAAUGCUUGGAGCGCAUAAGAAGUACCUUUGGUUUUAAAGCACAUUCCUUUGUAGAAUUUCAACAGUCAACUAUAGACUUAGUUGCAGCUGCACAAUGUCUCCUUGCUUGGGGACAAUUAAUUAUAAGUGAAUAUAUUUGAUGUACAUUUUGUAUAUAACAAAAAUGGCGGAAUUAUUAUUGUAAAAUAAUAAAGUUCUAUUAAUCAUU